AUGGCCGCUUAUGCUUACGUAAACUUUCAGCGGCGCCCCCUUUCUUCCCCGCGUCCCGGAGUUCGCAGAGCCAAAGCCGAAGCCAAGGCCAGAACCAAAGCCAAAGCCAGAGCCAGAGCCAAAGCCAGAACCGGAGCCAAAAGCCGAAGCCAGAGCCAGAGCCAGAAACCGGAGCCAAGCCAGAAGCCGAAGCCAAAGCCAGAGCCAAAGCCAGAACCGGAGCCAAAGCCAAAGCCGAAGCCAGAGCCAGAGCCAGAACCGGAGCCGAAGCCAGAGCCAGAGCCAGAACCGGAGCCAAAGCCGAAGCAGAGCCAGAGCACUCGGGGGGCUUUCCUGCGCGUGAAACCGACAUUUUAUUCCCCGCACCGAAGGACCUGA